GCAGUAGCACCUUGUGAAAACUUGAAACUAAGCUCCGGGCUCUAAAAAUGCUCUUCACCCCCAUGCAGCCCCUCCUCCUGGUCGUCCUCACGGCCGUGGUCCUUCCAUCGACGGCGGUAGCACAUGGAUGCGACAACCACGAGAACAUGACGACGAGGGUGAACCCGCUAUACUACGACUGCUGUGCGCAAACUCGCCAGUACAAGGUCGGCGACAGCUACUACGGCAACCUCACCAGUCUUGCCGACAGCCUCUUGAAGAGUGUCAGCGCUCCGGGCACCUACUUCGCCUCCAACAAUGUUGGCUCGGUGUACGGCUUCGUGCUUUGCCGCGGGGACUACACCGGCGCCGCCUGCGCCGACAGUCUCAACCAGACCAUCAAGGACGCUAUCACCAACCGCUUCAUCUGCCCGUUCUACAAGGACGUCACCAUCUACUACGACCAGCUCAUGUUCAGCUUCUCCGGCGACGAGUUCCUCUAUAACGACCAUUCCAACAGGCCGGCAUGGGUCGCGUCGAACAUGAACUACGUGAACGGUACCGGCGGUGCUGGCGCGCGUUACGGCGAAUGCGUCCAGGACCUGAUCAACCAGACUGCCCAGCUCGCGUGGAACUCUAAACUGUACGCGACGGGGGAGUCGUGGUUCGGAGAAGAGGGGGUGAGUAUCGUGUACGGGCUGGUGCAGUGUAGGCCUGACCCCAAGAACGACCAGAAGGAUCUUUGCCGGAAAUGCCUCGCCGACCUCGUCUCGAGGAUACCGGGUAAGUUUACCACUUCCAGCGGUGAUCACCGUGUCGGCGGGAGGAUUCUUGGCGUGUGGUGUAACCUGCGGUUCGAGAAAGAGCUCUUCUUCGAGGAGACCAAGGAGACGCUCAAGCUCAACAUGCCUAAACGUCACCUUACCAAAAGUGAGAAAGCUUUGAUCGUCGUUGCAACAUUUCUCUCUUUCGUAAUUCUCAUAUUCCUACUCCGAUGGAUCAUAGAAAGAAAAAGAGAAUCAAAUAUACAAAAGGAGCUAGAGGAAUGGACGAGGUUACUGACCGUGGAGAUCGGCUCAAUAUUUUCACACUUUACUCUAUCUGAGAUAAGAAAUGCCACUGAUAAUUUCUCAGAAGCAAAGAAACUUGGCGAAGGAGCUUUUGGUCCUGUUUACCGGGGUCAAUUAACUUGUGGAGUUGCAGCAAUCAAAAGAUUAGGGGCAUAUUCAUGGCAAGGUUUCGAAGAGUUCAGAAAUGAAAUUAGACUUAUAGCAAAACUUCAACAUUUAAAUCUUGUCAAGCUGAUUGGUUGCUGCAUGCAACAUGAUGAAAAGAUACUUGUCUAUGAGUACAUGCCAAACAGGAGCUUGGACGAUGUUUUCAAAGAUGUUGCAAAGUGGGCAUCACUGACAUGGCCUAUACGUCAAAAUAUCAUUGACGGCAUUGCUCAAGGACUUCUUUACAUUCAAAAUUAUGCGCAACCAGAAACAUGCAUUGUACACAGAGACUUGAAACCAAGUAACAUUCUAUUGGAUGGUCAAAUGAACGCAAAGAUUUCUGAUUUUGGGAUAGCUAGGAUGUCUAGCUCAAGUACGACAGAAUCACAGGCUAUUAUACCAAUGGGAACACCUGGUUACAUGGCGCCUGAGUGUUUUUCUGCGAACAGCAUCUCAGUGAAGUCUGACGUUUUUAGCUUCGGGGUCUUGGUUUUGGAGAUAAUAAGCGGAAGGAAGGUUGCAACUAGUUUCCGUCGAUACAAAAGAUCGGAAAAUCUGAUUGCUUACGCUUGGCGACUGUGGGAAGACAAAAAUUGCAAGCAGCUUAUCGACAACUCUCUAAGCGUUGAGGAACAUAACCAAGAGGCAGAAAUAAUAAGGUGCAUUCAGAUUGCGCUCCUAUGCGUUCAGGCUAACCCAGAGGACCGGCCGGACAUGAAGGAUGUUGUUAGGAUGCUCAACAAGGACACCCAGCUGGACAAUCCUAAGCAACCUUCUUAUUUCCAUGGACCAAUCGUGGGAGUCGAAGUGGCAACAACAAUCAACCGUACCCGCAUUCAGACUCAGUACUAUACAGCCAUACAUGCCCAUCUGGUUUAAUAAAUAAUAUCUGUACAAUAAAUAGCGACUUUUUCUCUUCAGGUCAUAAGAUGCGUGUUUACGUUGUACUAAAACUUCUUUAUGUUUUGUUCUUUAUGUCACUUGAAAGUUAAACAACCC